AUGCCACCAAAACGUACUCAAUCCUCUCAAAAACCUGUCAAUAAAGAGGGUAGGAUCUCAUUAGCUAUUAAAGCUAUUCAAAAUCAUGAAGUCUCCUCUGUUCGCGAAGCAGCAGUGCUAUUUGAUAUACCGGAAACUACCCUCCGCCGCCGACGCGCGGGACAACCUUAUCGCGCUGAUAUACGUGCCAACAAUCAUAAAUUGACCCAGAAUGAGGAGGACUCGCUUGUAAAAUGGAUACUCUCUAUGGAUCAACGUGGAGCAGCACCUAGGCCUUCUAUUGUACGAGAAAUGGCCAAUAUCCUACUUGCAGAGCGUGGAUCUACUCCCUCAUCUACUGUUGGUAUAAACUGGUCAACAAACUUUGUUAAACGUCGUGAAGAGCUUCGUACACGAUUUUCAAAACGUUAUGAUUAUCAACGUGCUCAAAAUGAAGAUCCAAAGUCUCUACGUAUAUGGUUUAAAACUGUUCAAUGUGUGAUUGAUGAGAAUGGUAUCCAACCAGAGGAUAUCUACAACUUUGAUGAGACUGGGUUUGCAAUGGGCCUUAUUGCAACUGCUAAAGUAAUAACACGUGCUGAAUACUAUAGUCGACGAGCACUUCUACAACCUGGAAAUCGUAAAUGGGUAAUAGCAAUUGAAUCAAUUAGUGCAAGCGGUUUUACCCUACCUCCAUGCAUUAUAUUCAAAGGCAAAGUCUAUAUCGAAAGCUGGUUCGAUAACCUUCCAGAUAACUGGCGAUUUGAGGUCUCUCAAAAUGGCUGGACUACAGAUGAAAUUGGUGUACGAUAG